UAGCACACAUGCGAACACAUUGCAAACAAGAUGGCAGAAGAAUACGACGAUAAUUUAAGUUUCUUGUCUGUCGCAAUCUUGACAACGAUUGCAGGGGCCUUAGGAAUAGUAUUUUAUCUCAUAUUUUAUAAAAGUAAAAUCCAAAUUAAUGAUGCAAAUGAACCAGUACCCAAAAAUUCUUUUGCAAAUGACGAAUCAACUAACAAACCCUCAAAAACAACAGCAACUAAAUCUUUUCAGAAAAAGAAACCAAGCAACAAAGACAGUAGUGGCGUAUCUCAUCCAUUGCUCGUUGCCUCAUUAAAAGGACAUACAGGAACUGUAUUAAAGAUUGAUUUUAGCAGUAAUGGAAAGUUUAUGGCAUCAUGUGCUGAAGAUCGCACAGCUAGGUUGUGGAAUGUUAAAGAUUUUGUCUUAAAAGAUCACAAAUAUUCAAGAGUGAAUGUGGAAUUCGACCACGCAACAUCUAUAUCAUUUAGUCCGGACUCAAGAGCUUUUAUUGUCUCACUUGGUCUUCUUAAAACCAUAAGAGUAUACAAAAUAAAUAAAAAGAAAGAUGAAGGAAAUUCUUCCAUUGCAGUCAGACAAGAAUUUGACUUUCCUUCGCAACAUAAAGGAGACAUACUCAAUGCUGAAAUAUCAUCUACUGGGAAAUUUAUUAUGUCAGCUGAUAAAGAUACUCAGAUCAUUAUUUGGUCAUUAAAAGGUGAUGUUUUGGAAAAAAUUGAUACUUUACUUGUAUACAAUAGCUUAGUAUCAAUAUCUCCUUGUGGCAAUCUUGUGGCUGCUUGCGGGUUUACAUCAGAUGUCAAGAUAUGGAAUGUUGGUUUCAACAAGAGUAAUGGUGAAUUUCAACAGGUAUCCAAAGUGUUAGAACUAAAGGGCCACUCUGCUGGUGUUUUAUCAUUUUCUUUUACUAACGACUCAAAAAGGGUUGGUACUGUGUCAAAGGAUGGAACAUGGAAGAUAUGGGAUAUAGAUGUAAAUUACCUUAAAGGUCAAGAUGCGUACCUUGUGAAAACUGGUUCGUAUACUCCCCCUCCAGAUGGCAUGUCUACUCACAUUGCACUGUCACAUGAUUACUUUACAGUAGCAUUAGCGUUAGGCACGUCUAUACAGCUAUACAAUGCUACCACGCAAGAACUAGGUGAAGAGUUGACGGAUGUUCAUCAAGGUAACAUCACUGAUCUUAAAUGGCAUUCAGAAUCUAGACAACUAGUAUCGGCCGGUGGAACAGACAGAUCUAUACGGGUUUGGCAUAAUCCUGUCGGUGUCCAGGCUAGUUUAAACGAUUUAGAAGAAAAAUUACCCAAGGCUAAAUCAGAGUCCAUGAAGGAGCGAAUAAAACAACAAAUAGAAGACUCAAAAAAAGUAUCAAUUAAAAGUACGUGCUGGUAAAAGAAGUCUGUUGAAAUACAAGAAAUAUUUGGCUUUGUUUCAACGAUGACUGAAAUAAAACCGAACGUAUGUAAUUAAAUAUGGAGAAAGAAUUUUAAAAAAUUAUGUAAUUUGUUUCAAAUAUAUGAAUGAAUUAUUAAAUCUUAUAAAAAGAUCGAUUUCUAA